AUGCAAAGUACUAUUAGAAAGAUGUUUUCUGAUAGCAUACCCAAGCAAUUAAACAUACUACCACAGGUGGAAGAUUUAUGGAGCGCAGGACUACAAACGCACGAAGGCCAUUCCUCGUCGGUUUUAUCAGUGGCCUUCUCCCCUGACGGGCAGACAAUAGCCUCCGGCUCGUCCGACACGACCAUCAAGUUAUGGGAUGCCAAGACCGGCAUGGAGCUGCAGACGUUCAAGGGCCAUUCCUCGUCGGUUUUAUCAGUGGCCUUCUCCCCUGACGGGCAGACAAUAGCCUCCGGCUCGUCCGACAAGACUAUCAAACUAUGGGAUGCCAAGACGGAUACGGAGCUGCAGACAUUCAAGGGCCAUUCCGAUGGGGUUCGAUCAGUGGCCUUCUCCCCUGACGGACAGACGAUAGCCUCCGGCUCGUACGACAGGACCAUCAAACUAUGGGAUCCCAAGACGGGUACGGAGCUGCAGACAUUCAAGGGCCAUUCCGAUGGGGUUCGAUCAGUGGCCUUCUCCCCUGACGGACAGACGAUAGCCUCCGGCUCGUACGACAGGACCAUCAAACUAUGGGAUCCCAAGACGGGUACGGAGCUGCAGACAUUCAAGGGCCAUUCCGAUGGGGUUCGAUCAGUGGCCUUCUCCCCUGACGGACAGACGAUAGCCUCCGGCUCGUACGACAAGACCAUCAAACUAUGGGAUGCCAGGACGGGUACGGAGCUGCAGACACUCAAGGGCCAUUCCGAUGGGGUUCGAUCAGUGGCCUUCUCCCGUGACGGACAGACGAUAGCCUCCGGCUCGUACGACAAGACCAUCAAACUAUGGGAUGCCAGGACGGGUACGGAGCUGCAGACACUCAAGGGCCAUUCGGUCAGUUCAGUUAUGAACGAACCCAAUUUCAAUUCCCAUUCUCCGAUAUCUUUAUCGAAUGCUUGGGUCGCCCUAGGAGGACGCCAAACUUGCUCUCGGGCAUAG